GCAAAGCACCGCCUUCCUUCACCAGAAGAUCUCUCUCUCUCUCUCUCUCUCUCUCAUCACCACCCUCCGAUCUCAUCCUCCUCCUCCGAUUGCAUUUCCGUCUCUAAUGCCGUCGUCAUUGUUGCCGUGUUGAAGAUCGGAGACGACGAAGGGGAGGGGUAGCGAUGGACGUGGAGAAGUCGUCGCUGUGCAAUUGCGUGGUCAACUUCCUCCUCGAAGAGAACUACUGCCUCACGGCGUUCGAGCUCCUCCACGAGCUUCUCGACGACGGCCGUGACGAUCAGGCCAUCCGCCUCAAGACCUUCUUCUCCGACCACUCCCAAUUCCCGCCCGAUCAAAUCUCCAAGUUCAACACUCUCCGCGUCGCCGAUCCUUAGAGCUUGCUCCACGAGAAAGAAUCCGUCGAAGAAAAACUAGCAAUCACGGAGUACGAGCUCCGGUUGGCGCAGGAGGACAUCUCGAAACUCAAGGUGGAGGUGGAGAAGAAGGAAGCCGAUGAUUCACCUGCAACUCAAUCCGCCGAGUCGAAUGCGGGUGGAAAUAAUGGACAGCAAUGUCACCGGCAGAAGACAGAUGUGUCCUUCUCGGAUUUAGGUCCAUUGAAGGAUAAUGAGCGCCGAGACCUCAACUGUGCUGUCAAGGAGUAUUUGCUUACAGCAGGCUACCGGCUUACGGCAUUGACGUUUUUCGAAGAGGUCACAGACCAGAAUCUAGAUGUUUGGCAAAACUUACCUGCAUGUGUACCAGAUGCCCUGCGACAUUAUUAUUAUCAGUAUCUCUCAUCCACUACAGAGGCUGCUGAGGAGAAAAUUUCCAUGCUCCGGAAAAAUGAGUCGUUGUUGGAAGAAAAUGAGAAGCUCAAUUAUGAAAAGCUGUGUUUGGUUAAAAAUAAAGAUAUGGCUAAAGGACAAAUAAGUGCACUUAACAAAUCAUUGGAGUCUCUUCAGAAGGACCUUAAAGACAAAGAGAACCUUGUCCAAGAUUUGAAGCAGUCCGUAGAGCACCAAAGAAAGGAACUCAAUGAUUGUAGAGCUGAAGUCACUGCUUUGAAAAUGCGCAUUGAAGGAUCUCGUUUGGGAAGAAACAUGGUAGCCACUGAUAUUGAUCAUGUGCAAUCCCUGGCAUUGGAAAAAUACAAAGAAGAGGUGAAAUCACUGCAGAUGGAACUAGAAAUUUUACGAUCCAAUAUUGCAAAUGCUCCUGAUUAUGUAGAUGUCACCCAAGCUGGGAGAGGGUCUAUGCAGAUGGAAGAAAAGGUUGUAGUCAUGGAUGAGGAGAAAAGUAUAAUACAGCAUUCAGUUGAUGCUAUAACAAAAAUUGUGGAAAAAGCUGAUCAAUCACUAGAUGCUGUUGACAACCUAAUUAUACCUAAGGAUGUGUCAGAAGAAGAUUCAGUAAAUCCUUCUAAUGGUAGUAGUGCCUUGAUAAAUGGUGAAACUGUCUCCAAACAAAAUGUUGAACCAUCUGCAUCUGGCAUGUUGCAUCUAACAACAGAGGAUCAUAGUGCUGAAACUAUUUCAGAGAAAAGGGCUCUAGAGACCAUUCAGAUCCUUGCUGAUGCCUUACCAAAGAUUGUUCCUUAUGUUCUAAUCAACCACCGUGAGGAGCUACUUCCUCUGAUCAUGUGUGCUAUUGAGCGCCAUCCAGAGAGCAGUACUCGAGAUUCCUUGACCCACACAUUGUUUAAUCUAAUCAAACGUCCAGAUGAGCAGCAAAGAAGAAUUAUAAUGGAUGCAUGCGUCAGCCUUGCUCAGAAUGUAGGAGAGAUGAAAACAGAAACAGAAUUGCUUCCUCAAUGUUGGGAGCAAAUAAAUCAUACAUAUGAGGAACGCAGGUUGCUAGUUGCUUAAUCAUGUGGAGAGUUAGCAGAAUUUGUUCGGCCUGAGAUCCGUGAUUCUCUUAUCUUGUCUAUUGUUCAACAACUCAUAGAAGAUUCUGCAACUGUUGUCCGGGAGGCUGCUGUACAUAAUCUUGCAUUGCUGCUUCCACUCUUUCCAAAUAUGGACAAAUAUUUCAAGGUUGAGGAAUUGAUGUUCCAAUUGGUCUGUGAUCCUUCUGGAGUGGUGGUGGAAACUACACUGAAAGAAUUAGUCCCUGCAGUACUCAAAUGGGGUAACAAAUUAGACCAUGUUUUGAGAGCUCUCCUCUCUCAUAUAUUGAGCUCUGCUGAGCGCUGUCCUCCACUUUCAGGGGUUGAGGGGUCUGUGGAGUCGCAUUUUCGUGUGUUAGGAGAACGAGAACGCUGGAAUGUUGAUGUUUUAUUACGAAUGCUACUGGAAAUGCUUCCCUCUGUGCACCAGAAAGCAAUUGAGAUGUCCCCAUUGUCUUCUGAUCCUGAAACAACUGGAAAAAUAUUUUCUACACCUUUCCUUGAAUUGUAUGCUGGGGGACAUGUUCAAUUGCCUGCUUUCGAGUGGUUGCAUGUUGAUUGCUUACCCGAUUUAAUACAGCUUGCCUGCUUGCUACCUCCAAAAGAAGAUACUUUGCGAAAUCGAAUCACCAGGUUUUUGUUGGCUGUAUCUGAACACUACGGGGAUUCUUAUUUGACGCAUAUAAUGCUGCCUAUAUUCUUUGUAGCCAUUGGGGAAGAGGCUCAGUUGACAUAUUUUCCAGCAGCAAGCCAUUCCAAAAUUGAAGGUUUGAUGCCAAGGACUGCUGUGGCUAAGAGACUGGCUACUAUGUGCAUCCUACCUCUUCUCUUGGCUGGAGUUUUGGGUGACCCGAGCAAGCAUGAACAAUUAGUGGAGUACUUGAGAAAGCUAUUAGUUGAAGGUGUGGGGAAUCAGUCGUCAAAGUGCAAUACUGAGAUUGUUGAUGCUGUCCGCUUCUUAUGCACAUUUGAGAUUCAUCAUGGAAUGAUAUUUAAUAUACUCUGGGAAAUGGUUGUCAGCUCCAACAUAGAUAUGAAAAUCAAUGCGGCCAAUCUGCUGAAAGUUAUUGUUCCAUAUAUUGACGCAAAAGUUGCAUCUACUAAUAUAUUGCCUGCCCUAGUAACUCUGGGCUCCGACCAGAACCUGAGUGUGAAGUAUGCAAGCAUAGUUGCCUUUAGAGCUGUCGCCCAACAUUUUAAAAAUGAUAUGAUUGUCGAUAAGAUACGUGUUCAGAUGGAUGCUUUUCUCGAGGAUGGAUCCCAUGAAGCUACCAUUGCUGUGGUUCAUGCAUUAGUAGUUGCUGUGCCUCAUGCAACAGAUAGGCUUAAAGAUUAUCUUUUGUCCAAGAUCUUUCACCUUACAGGCACCCUACCUGCUAGUGACAUGAUGCGUCGUCGUGAGAGAGCAAAUGCAUUUUGUGAAGCGAUCCGUGCUUUAGAUGCAACAGAUAUUUCAGCAACCAGUGUACGUGACUACCUCCUACCUACCAUACAGAACUUAUUGAAAGACUCGGAUGCACUGGAUCCAGUACACAAGGAAGCCCUAGAAAUAAUAAUGAAGGAAAGAUCUGGUGGAACUUUUGAGACCAUCAGUAAGGUGAUGGGUGCUGGACUUGCCUCCUCUGUGACUAGUUUCUUUGGUGAAGAUGGGUUAUUGGGAAAGAAAGUUAAUGUUGAGCCACUUCCAGAGCCAGUUGAAUCCUCGAAGUCUGCACCACCGCCACCAGCAGAGGAUACUAGAUUACAGCGCAUUAUGAGGGGAAACUUCACUGACAUGCUCAGAGGCAAAGUAAAGGGCCAAGACGAAACUCAGAACUAGUAAAUAUCGAGUUUCUCUAGUGUUGGCUGAUGGGCCAGAAAACAUUCUGCAUCUCAUUCAGGUGGAGAUGGUUCACAAGUCCGUCAAAGUUGUGAUCUGACAGAUGCAAGAGAAUUCUGUUAAACUUCCUGUUUGUUUCCUCAUGGACAAAAACAAAAUUAAAUAGGCUUAAUAAUGGAAUACCUAACAUGCAUUAUUGUUCUGAUCGUAUAGUAUUAAAAUUUUUGGACUGGUGAACAAACCGGAUUCCAAAUUAUACUAAUAUAGUGUUUCGAAUCAUUUUGUUUGAAAGAGUGUCUUCGUCUUUGAACGGUUUGGCA